AUGCAGAAGUGCACCUGGUUGCCGGAUGCUCUUAUCCGCCUAGGCUUCCCAUAUACUCGAAAGGAACGAAAAACUUUCUCAUUGCGAAUCGCGCAUAUGAUUGCGUUACAAAACCAAGCUAUCUUGCCUCCCGCCAAAGUGGAUAUCUCACUGCUGUUGAAGCCCCAAGAUGAGGAGGCCGCCGCACCGGUGACCACUACGUCCACCUUUCCACCAAACCCAAACCCUCCGGCUCCAAUGACUCCGGCAAUUCCUGUUCUUGCCUCGGCAUCGUUGCCUUCUAUACCUCUCACCAAAGGCCCCUCAUCGCUUCCGGCUAAGCGUCUUCAACCCGCCCAUACAGCAGAAUCCCCGGCGAAAAAGCAGUCCAAGUGGUCUCCUGAAGAGGAUGCUUUGAUUAUCGAGUUACGUGGGAGUGGCAUGAAGUGGGAGGACAUUAGCAAACGACUUCCUGGACGAAGUGCUAUUAGUUGCCGCCUUCAUUAUCAGAACUAUUUAGAGCGUCGAAGUGAGUGGGAUGAAGACAAGAAGAAUAAACUCGCAAGAUUAUAUGAAAGGCACGUUGUACAGAGUCUAUUCAAAGCAGAGAUGUGGUCCAAAGUAGCGGAAGAGAUGGCAAUCCCGUGGCGAGCUGCAGAAGCCAUGCACUGGCAGCUAGGAGAGCAAGAAAUGGCGCGCCGAGCUGGUGUAGUGCCCUUUUCGUUAUCGAGUUCAGCUAUAGACCCGCCAACACCUAGGACACGAAGAACUAGCACAUCUUUAUCUCGACCAAGAAAAGGAUCGACAUCACGCACAAUUCCCCCACCACAGCUACCCUCCGUCGAAGAGCUGACUGCAGGAGUUCCAGCAUUUGCUCCGCCUCCACCAUUUCCUCCCCCAAGGGAGGCAUACCGAAUAGGACGACCAUUGGAUCUGAGCGGCGCCCAUAGUAGCCAUAUGGGUCCCAAUCUUGGCAUUCCUCCUCGUACCCUUCCUUAG